AAAGCGUCUCCCCCCCCCAAUUUCCGGGCGCGGUGGCGCGCGCCGGCGGAGGCUUUAAAAGGGGCGGAGCGGGCGCGCGGGGGCGCAGUGCGGGCGCCACGUGGAGGAGCGAGCGGCACCGCUAUGGCCUCUAACGAUUACAGCCAGACGGCGACGCAGAGCUACGGGGCGUACCCCACGCCGCCGAGCCAGGGUUACUCGCAGCAGAGCAGCCAACCCUACGGCCAGCAGAGCUACAGCGGCUACAGCCAAUCCACCGACACCUCCGGCUACGGCCAGAACAGCUACAGCUCAUCCUACGGCCAAACCCAGAGCAGCUACAGCACCCAAUCCACGCCGCAGGCUUACGGCAGCACCGGCGGCUACGGCAGCGGGCAGAGCUCGCAGACCUCGUACCAACCCUCCUCGUAUCCCAGUUACUCGCAGCCGCCGGCGGCCAGCUCCUCCACCGGCAGUUAUGGCAGCGGAUCGCAGAGUUCCAGCUACGGACAACCGCCGAGCGGCGGCUACAACCAACAGUCGAGCUACAGCGGGCAGCAGCAGAGCUACAGCCAACAGUCGUCCUACAACCCGCCCCAGAGCUACAGCCAGCAGAACCAGUACAACAGCGGCAGCGGCGGCUCCAACAGCUACGGGCAGGAGCAGUCGUCGAUGAGCAGCGGCGGCGGCGGUGGCUACCAGGAGCAGAGCGGCUACGGCGGAGGUCAGCAGGAACGGAGCCGCGGCCGAGGCGGCUACGGCCGAGGUGGCUACGACCGCGGCGGCCGCGGGAGCCGGGGAGGCCGCGGAGGCAACCUCGGCGGUGGUGAGCGUGGUGGCUUCAAUAAAUUCGGUGGACCGCGGGACCAAGGGCCCAGGCACGAUCCUGGCGAGCAGGAUAACUCGGACAACAACACCAUCUUCGUGCAGGGCCUCGGCGAGAACGUCACCAUCGAGUCCGUGGCCGACUACUUCAAGCAGAUCGGCAUCAUUAAGACCAACAAGAAGACGGGGCAGCCCAUGAUCAAUCUGUACACGGACCGGGAGACGGGAAAGCUGAAGGGAGAGGCGACCGUUUCCUUCGACGAUCCCCCCUCGGCCAAAGCCGCCAUCGAUUGGUUUGACGGCAAAGAAUUCUCCGGAAACCCCAUCAAAGUCUCCUUCGCCACUCGCCGCGCCGACUUCAACCGCGGCGGCGGAGGCCGAGGUGGCCGUGGGCGCGGAGGGCCCAUGGGACGCGGGGGAUUCGGUGGCGGCUCAGGAGGCUCCGGCGGUGGCAACCGCGGCGGUUUCCCCAGCGGCGGCGGCGGCCAACAGCGCGCCGGGGACUGGAAGUGCCCCAACCCCGCCUGCGAGAACAUGAACUUCUCUUGGCGCAAUGAGUGCAACCAAUGCAAAGCGCCCAAACCCGAGGGCCCCGGCGGCCCUCACAUGGGCAAAUACCCGGGCGGCGGCGGCGGCGGCGGCCGCGGCGGCGGCGGCAACCACAUGGGAGGCGGCGGCGGCGGAUUCGGCGAGGAGCGGCGCGGCGGGCGCGGAGGCUUCGACCGCGGCGGCUACAGGGGAGGCCGAGGCGGCGACCGGGGAGGUUUCCGUGGGGGUCGAGGUGGCGACCGGGGUGGCUUCGGACCGGGGAAGAUGGAUUCCAGGUAAGAUGGCCGAUGGGAGCGGUGCUGUUGUU